AUGGUGAGGAACCGAGAUAGUCGAGCACCCAGCUUUCCGAAGCUUUGGUUCUUCAGAUUACAAUGUGUCCGCCUGAAAAGAAUGUUUCUAAGAGAGUUCAAAGGAAGAAUCAUAUAUGAUGACAUUAUCAUAUAUAAGGAGAAGAAGGCUGUUUCGCUGCGAGUGAGGGUGUUGUGUGGGUGUUGUUUGGUUGAGGAGCUGCAGCGAGAGAGGGUGGCGAGAGGAGUGCCUCACCCCUCCUCACUCGCAGUAUCCACUCUCCACAGGUAUGCUUUCCAAGGUGUUGCUAUUGAUCGGUUGCUUACAACAAAUCUGAACUCUGAUGAUCUCUUAUGGGUGCUUUGGGAGCUUUGUGAUAUUUCCAGGUCUGAACCUGGUCGUGAAGCAAUACUAUCCAUUGCUAACUUUUCAGAGGCAGUUGCUAUUCUGAUUGAUGCAUUGCACUCUUUCAAGAGUUCAGAGACAAUUGAAAGUGGAACUCUGCAAUCGAGCCUUGCUAUCUUUCAUUCUGCUUCAGAGAUUCUUGAAGUUCUUGUUGCAGACUCAACUUCAUCAUCUCUUACAUCAUGGAUCGGGCAUUCUGUGGAACUCCAGAAGGCUUUGUGCUCUUCUUCUCCGGGGUCCAAUAGAAAGGAUGCCCCAACAAGAUUAUUUGGAUGGGUUGAUGCUGGUGUUGUUUAUUACCGAAAUGGUGCCAUUGGGCUUCUCAGAUAUGCAGCUGUUUUAGCUUCUGGUGGAGAUGCUCAACUUACUUCAACUAAUGGACUAGUGUCAGAUGCAAUUGAUGCAGAGAAUAUUGUUGGGGAUUCAGCUAUGGAUCCUGAUACUCAUGUUGUUGAUAAUCUACUUGGGAAACUGGUUUCAGACAAAUACUUUAAUGGCACUUCACUUCAUAAUAAUUCUAUAAUUAAAUUAACCACAUCAUUUCGUAUUUUGGCGUUUAUAUCUGAAAAUUCUGCUGUCGCUGCUUCUCUGUAUGAAGAAGGUGCUGUGACACUUGUAUAUGUAGUCCUUAUCAAUUGUAAAUCUAUGCUUGAGCGAUUGUCUAGUUCUUAUGAUCACCUUGUUGAUGAAGGAGCAGAAUGCAACUCUACUUCAGAUUUACUUUUGGAGCGCAGUCAUGAACAAAGCAUAAUUGAUCUCCUCAUUCCUUCUCUUAUCUUACUUAUGAACCUUCUGAAGAAACUCAAGGAAGCCAAGGAGCAGCAUCGCAAUAAAAAGUUACUCAAUGCUCUUCUGCAGUUGCAUCGAGAAGUGAGCCCAAGAUUGGCAGCAAGUUCUGCAGAUUUAUCAUUUCCUUGCUCGAGCUCAGCACUUGGUUUUUCCGCUGUUUGUCAUCUUCUGGCAUCCACACUUGCUUGCUGGCCAGUGUUUGGUUGGACUCCUGGUUUGUUUCACCGUCUGCUGGAAAGUGUUCAAGCUACCUCGAUAUUAGCACUGGGUCCAAAGGAUGCCUGCAGUUUGCUUUGUCUCUUGGGUGAUCUAUUACCCAUGGAAGAUAUAUGGCAAUGGAGAAAUGAAAUGCCUCGAUUAAGUGUACUUAGAGCUUUGAGUGUCGGGACAAUACUAGGACCUAGAGCAGAGCAAUGUGUGAACUGGUAUUUGCAGCCCGAACAUCUUGCGGUAUUGCUUGUUCGAUUAACGUCCCAGCUUGAGAGAAUCGCAGAACUAGUCCUGCAAUUUGCUUUUGCUGCCUUGGUUGUCAUACAAGACAUGCUUCGAGUUUUCAUUGUUCGUGUUGCAUGCCAAGGAAAUGAGUAUGCAAUUACUCUCCUACGACCAAUAAUGUCUUGGUUGGAUACCCACAUUAGCCAAACGUCAUUGUCUGACACAGAUAUGUUUAAGGUGCAUAAAUUGCUUAAUUUCAUUGCGAGCUUGUUGGAGCAUCCUUGUGCUAAGACUUUAUUAUUGGAGGUGGGAAUUUUACAAAUCCUUGAGAAAACACUGAAAAGAUGUGGCAAUGUAUCUCAGUUAGAUGGAAAUGUAAAUCAAGAGGGGAAUUUUUCUUUAAAAAGUUUUUCGUUACUUAGUUGGUGCCAGCCCGCAUUCAAAUCUUUGGCAUUGAUUUUCAGUUCGGGGUGCUUCCAUGAUGAUGUAAGCAUUGAUACCUGUUCCAAGAUUUGUUUUCAUCUUCUAAAACUAUGCGAGAUCUUACCUGUUGGACGAGAACUACUAGCAUGCAUCAUAACCUUAGAGAAGUUAUCUUCAUGCCAUCAGGGAAGAAGUGUCAUCACAUCUGUUUGUUUUCAAUCUGGUUCUUCCACUGAGGGACAGGAACCAAAUGAAAAUCAUCCUAAUGGAAAUGUAUCUGGUUUGCAUGAUUUGACGUGGUCAUCGCCUUUUCUCAAUUGCUUGAAAAAGCUAUUGCAGCUUCUUGAUUCUAAGGACUCUACUUCAAUGUUUGACGUUGAGACAGUAUAUGCAUUGGCCUUUUGUGCCACUAGCCUUUUGGCAGAAGGUAGCAAUUCUGAUGGACUGCCUGCAUUGAAGUCCCUUUUUGGACUUCCAACUGAUCUGGACAGUGAGGAAUUGCCUUAUGCUGAGAAAUUAAAUGAGUUGCAUGAACUGAUUGAAAAAUUAGAGCAAAGAUUUAGUGAUGAUGAGUAUUUAUCUUCUUCAAGUGGGGAAAGCACUUUGCAUCAGGUUAAAGAAUCUUUGAAAUCAAUACUAAUGUUGCUGGAGAGCUCUGCAAAUUCAUCUUCUGUGUUGGAAGGAAUUACUUUGGGUGAUGGCUUUAAUUCACCAAGUGAUGUUGCGAAGUCCGUGACCAUUACAUCCAAACUGAUGCAAUUGGUACCUCUGACUUCUAUGUAUGAUGCAGAGGCAUUGUCUUUUUCGCAUGUCUGGAAUGCUGACAAUGAUGUUUCGUCAGGAAGUUUUGCAGAGAAAUUUGUAUGGGAGUGCCCUGAUUCCCCACCUGAUAGACAGAUAACACCUGUUCUACCUCUGAAAAGGAAGCAAUCAUCAACAGAAGGUACUGGCCGGCGUCUACGAGAUAAUUCAGGUUCAGAACCUGUUGUCUCGAUAAUUCCAUCCCGAGGUCUUACUACACCCAGUGUGUCUUCUGGCCCCACUCGUAGAGACACCUUCCGACAACGAAAGCCUAAUACUAGCAGACCUCCUUCCAUGCAUGUUGAUGAUUAUGUUGCCCGAGAGAGAAAUAUUGAUAAUGCAAGUAGUGCAACAAAUGCUGUUAGUACCUCCCAGCGAGGAAGCGGGCGACCUCCAUCUAUUCAUGUGGAUGAAUUUAUGGCAAGGCAGAGAGAGCGUCAGAAUGCCAUGCCUGUGACAAUUGGGGAUUUAUCUCAAGUCAAGGAUGCUUCACAUGCCAGGAUUUCAUCACUAGACAAUCCUGAUAAGUUGGAAAAAUCACGUCAGCUAAAGACUGAACUUGAUGAUGAUCUUCAAGAGAUAGAUAUUGUGUUUGAUGAGGAGCCCGAAACUGAUGAUAGACUUCCUUUUCUUCAACCAGAUGAUAAUUUGCAACCUGCUCAUGCGGUUGUGGGCGAAGGUUCUCCAGGUUCGGUUGUGGAGGAAAGUGAAGGUGAUACAAAGCAGACCGUUCACCUAUCUCAUGCAGGUACACCAACGUCUGAGCGUGAGGUUCCACAUUCAGAAAUGCCUUUGAGAAGAUCAGCUUCUAGAACAGAAAUACUAAUGACUAGAGAACCUAGUCCUUCUCAGAAAAAAUUCGGGCAAUCUGGCAUGGAUAGAAUUGUCCUUCAAGAGCAAUCUGAUGAAUCAAAAUAUGCUUCUCCCAUUGUGGGUUCAAAAGGUUUUGAUAUGCUUUCAUCAGCAAAUACUUUUUUACCUCCACACUUGUCGAAUGUCACUUCUGCAUCAUCAUCACAAUCAUUUGCUCCACCAAAUUAUUACCAAAGGGGCAGCCCGCAGAAAGGUUCAAAUGGCCUUUUAGGUGUCGGGUUUCAAGGCUACCCUGAACAGAAGCUUCCUGUGAACCAACCACCUUUACCCCCAAUGCCUCCUCCAAGUCGUCCCACUGUGCCAGCUCAAACUUCUGAGGCAGUGCAAAGUCAUUCAUCACCUUAUGUUCACACUGUAAGAGACAUCCAACCACCACUUCCCUCUGGAUUUCCACUACAAGUUGUUAGUAUCAGUGGCAUUAAUACUGCCAUUGGACUCCAUCAUACAGAAAAUGCACCUUCAGUUGGCAACAAUUCAGUAGCAGCUUUAACAGCUUCCCAGCCGACCAUGGACUCCAAAUAUCCAUGGAAUAUGCCUUCCUCAGGUUCAAAAUUGCAAGCAGAAAACUUUAGUUCCACUACCUCCAUACGACCUAUGCCUCCACUUCCCCCUUUACCACCACCUUUCUCCUCUCCAAUGGCACAAUCAUCCACAGCAAAUUCUAGCCCUCAGACUUCUUUCUUUGGUCAGAAUGUUACUGGUGGAUCCCAGCCUCCUUCACAUUCCACAGCUUUAGAUUCAAGUUUAGCAAAUUUUCCUCCUGGGGGUGGUGUUGCUUCAUUCUCACUUCCACAGUUCUCUCCAUCUCUUAUGAUCAGUAGGCCUUCAUUAUCUGGAGCUGUCUUCAACUCUGUAACCCAGCAGCAUGCUCAAAACUCAUCAAGCCUAUCUCAAACAACUCCUAAUCAUCAGACCAAUAUUCAAUUAUUGCAACCACGGCCGCCGCCCCCUCCUCCACCGCAACUGCCUAGACCUCCACAUCCUCCACAACAUUCAUUGCCUCCCAUCCAGGUCUCACAGCAACAAUCUGAACAAGCAAUACCGUUGCAGAACACAUAUCAAGUUCAGAUGCAGUCCAUGCAAAUUCCUCAGCAGCUUCAAAUUCCUCAACUACAGUUUUAUUAUCAGCACCAGCAGCAGGAGCCCCUUAUCCAAACAAUGCAGCCAUUGCUUGAGCAGACUCAACCGCCAGUUGUUCAAUCUGAUAGUGGAGCCCAACAGCAAAUGGAUCCAGGAAUGACAUUGCAACAAUACUUCUCUUCACCAGAAGCUAUACAGUCUCUCUUAAGUGACCGGGAUAAGCUCUGCCAGCUCUUGGAGCAGCAUCCUAAAUUAAUGCAAAUGCUUCAGGAAAGGUUGGGCCAGCAGUAGGAAGUAUUGAUUAAAAAAAAUGAUUACAUGAAGGAUAUGAAACCACUGAGAUUGUCUAAUCUGUCCAAUGCAUCAAACUCAUUCCUGGAGAAGAUCUUGUGCCUGUUUGGCUUAAUUGGUGUCCCAGCAAUCACAAAGCAAGAUGACCAGUUUGCACAGGCUUUUGUGGGGUGGCACAAGACCAUCGUUUUGGAUUCACGCUGGCCAAUCUAAGAGUCUGGUAUUGGGAUGAUCCAAGCUGUAACAUUGCCUGAAUUUCUCAGUGUGUGAAGAAGCAUCUCCCACUGCCUGUUGCACAUGUAUUUUAUCGUCUGUACGAUGUGUACGAUUGAUGUGUACUAUAGGGGGCAUUCCCCAACCCUUUUUAUUAGGAAUUUUUGUAUGAAACAUAUAGGUAUGAAGCACUUCAGUUUUAUUUUUCGAGCUUGCCAUGACCCUUACAGGGGACGCAAAGCCCCUAAAGCCGCCUUUAUUAGCCAUUGUGUUCUAUUGGUAUUUUCAUGUC